AAACCGCCACGUUAAACUCGACAAGCUAGCUAGUAUUCAGAUGGCAUCCCGGAGAACGCACACUGUUUACAACGAUGUGAACAGUCCAUUUGAAGAAAUUAAAAAAAAGAAAAAAAUUGAAGAAAUUGAAGAAACUAACAAAAUUAAAAAAAUUGAUGGAAUUGAAGAAAUUGAAGAGUUGAAAAUACCCUAUCAAGAUGCCAAAAAGGGUAACUGGACAGGCGUGGUGCACUACUACGAGAAGAAGAAAGGGGCUAAAUUGGACCGGCCAAUGAACCUGGACGGGGACAAUGUACUUCACCUUGCGGGUUCUUCUUGCAGCAAAUCACAAUGCAAAGGAGUCCUCCAAAAUUUGAUUGAUUUAUGCAGCGAUUCAACCACCAUGGCCAAGAGUUUGAGGGCUCCGAAUAUAGACGGAAACAAUGCUCUUCACCAGGUGAGUGUGUCCGGCAGUGUGGAAGCAGCUAAGUUCUUGGUGAAGAAGUUCAACGAUCCUGUGGUUCGUACUGAUGAAGAGAAUAAUGAUGCACUGGAGCUGCUAUGGACUCGGAACCAUUUAGGAGAAACUCCGCUCUACAGAGCGGCUACUCUCGGUCACACUGACUUGGUCAAAUUUUACUUGGAAACACUGAUGCUGAAAUGCAAGGAGAAGUAUCAGGGAAUGUCUUGGGAAAUGUAUCGGCAAGACUGUUGGCCGCAGCUCAUUAGGCCUGACGGAAUGUCCGUUCUUCGUAUGGCUGUCGUCGGCCAACAUUUUGAGACUGCUCAUUGGUUGCUAAAGUUCUACCCUUUUCUAGGACAAAUGAAAGACGAAAAUGGAUUGACAAGCCUUCAAUUGUUAGCCCAAAUGCCAACUGCCUCUGAGCCACAUUGUCAACAAAGCCAAUGGAAGAUGCUCAUUUAUCAUUGCCUUCGUGUUAGAGAAGAUGACGUGGAGAGCGGCAUGGAUAGCACCCAUCUCCGUCAAUCCAUGGAUAGCACCCAUCAUCAGGAUGACGUGGAGAGCGGCACGGAUACCAACCAUCCCCGUCAAUCCAUCUUUCGGAAGAAACUUGCAGUCGCACGCAUAAAAUAUUUGGCAGUUGUUAUGAAGGCUUAUUAUUCAUUAUGGGACUCCCUUGCUAAAGAAUCAGAAGUCCACGACGGCAUAAUCUACAGAAUAUGGAAGGACAAGAAAAAUAAAAAAUCACUAACGAAACUCAUCAAAUUGCUCGUCAACUCGGACCAUACUUGGUUGAUUACUGACAAUCAAGAAAACAAGAGGACCAUUUCUCUGGGGCCAUUUAAAGAUGGUGAUGACGGAGGCGAAAAAGGAACCCAAUCGAACAAGACAAUUGAUAGUGAUGGAGGUGAUAAACAAAAGGACGCAACCAAAUUGAAAAAGGAGGCGAGGAAGGAAGUUUACAAGUCUACCCCAUUGCUUGACAAGAUAAUUGAUAGUGAUGGAGGUGAUGAACAAAAGGAAGCAAACAAAUUGAAAAAUAUCACAGGAAAUGUACCCAUUGUGCAGGAGAUACUAGAGCAGCAUCCUCAAGCAGUCAAGUAUGUUAACGAAGAGGGAGUGGCUUGGUUGCUUGUGCUAGCAAAUGCUGAUGGAGGUGAUAAACAAAAGGAAGCAACCAAAUUGAAAAAGGAGGCGAGGAAGGAAGUUUACACGUCUACCCCAUUGCUUAUAGCAUCUGUCACAGGAAAUGUACACAUUGUGAAGGAGAUACUUGAGCAGCAUCCUCAAGCAGUCGAGCAUGUUAACGAAAAGGAACACAACAUUUUGCACCUGGCCAUUAAGAACCGUCAGGAAAAGAUCUUUGAUCUCAUCAAAAGCAACCUAACUGUGAUGUCGAAGCUGAGUAAGAGGAUAGACAGCAAUGGAAACACCAUAUUGCACCAGGCUGCAGAUAGGAGCUACUACUCUGUAUCAUUGUCUAACAAAUUAAUAGGCCCUGCCAUGCAAUUACAAGAUGAGCUACGCUGGUUCCAGCGUGUAAAAGAGAUCGUACCGCCUCAUUACAUCAUUCACCACAACAAGAAGGAUAAGACAGCGGAGGAGCUGUUCAACGAUUGGCAUGACCAACUUCUGGAGGAAGCACAAAAAUGGGUAAAAGAAACGGCUCAGUCAUGCUCAACGGUGGCGGUGCUAGUGGCUACUGUAGUCUUUGCAGCUGCCUACACCAUUCCUGGGGGUACUAAUGACCAAAAUGGCCUUCCUCUUUUCCAGAACGAUCCUCUCUUUAUGCUCUUCACUAGCAUGGAUGUUGUGGCCAUCGCCAGCUCAUUAUCUUCUGUGGCAUUCUUUCUCUCGGUCCUCUCCUCCCCUCUCGAGUAUCCACUUUUCGUUAGCAGCAUUCCUAACAAGGUCAUGGCAGGAUUCAUCUUUCUCUUCAUCUCCAUGGCAACAACUAUGCUCGCCUUUGCUGCCACCAUUUUGUUGUUGAUUCGCGUCGAGAAGAAAUGGACCAAGUCUUUACUUUACCCUAUUGCCUUUUUCCCAGUCCCUCUAUUCGGCCUGCUUCAGUUUCCUAUGUACCAAUCCUUUCGAGUCAUGUUUCAUGAAGUUAAUGCCUGGUUUUUCAAACCCGUACUCUACUUUCUUAGCCUUAGGAGAUCACUAUGGUGCAAGAAUAAGAAGCAUGAAUAACAUCAACUUUUCAUCAUAGUACAAGAUAUGGUGCAGAUUCAUAAUCUUGCAACAUAAGUAUUUAUUUGUUGUUAUCAUUUGAAUAUUUCGGAUUUUUUCAUAUUUUCUCCCCUAUUUUCACAAUGUUAUUGUCUCUUCAUUUACAAGUAUGGGCAGUAAGUGAAAAAUAAAGGCUUGUCAGAAAUUGUAUUUUAAAGAUUAUGUCUCUUGCAUGCUUUUAUGAUCUGUAAUCAUCAUUUGUGUUUAUAUGUCAUCCUUAAGCAAGUGGUGGAUUUAAUUUUUUCUUCAA